UGCCUUACGGAUGUAUUUUCAUGUAACAUCUGUCACCAGAGGCUUGAUUCUGUCCAGCAGCAGAGAUGGUUGUAAAGAAGGAGGUUUUGUAGAGAGAAUUGAGUAAAAUUGCAGCUCUUAUAUCACAGUUAUUCGUCCCGAAGAUAUAUUAAAUAUUAUAAAUACGGUUAAUUUCCCGCUAACGUUUGUAACAAUGCUAAUUUGACUAACUAAGCUAGCCAACGGUUAUUGCGGUGCGUCGGUUAAAUGAGUCCCUCUACUAAACUGAUCGUCAAACUGUGAAUUAAACAACAACACGUAGAGGUGAACGGGCAGAAAACAUGACGAGUUUUGGCAGUAAAGUGUUUUGCAGGGUCGAGAGGUUGUGUCACCACCUCCCCGUGCUCCUCAACACCUUCCUGGUCUUCUCCAUCACCGGGGAGGUGAGCUACCUGGUCCUGGUCGAGGCUCCGCUGGAGGCGGACCAGCAGAAGACUGCAUGGUCGGCUUUGUGGAAGGCGGUUCACCUGCUGGCCCAGUACUUCAUGCUGGGAAACAUCUGCUGGAACGCCAUGCUCUUCCUCAAAACCAGUCCCAGCAUCAAGGGGGUGUUUCUGGGAGGAGAGGGCAUGGGUCAGGGGUGGAGGUACUGUUAUACAUGUGAGACACACACUCCUCCGCGCUGCUCCCACUGCUACGACUGCAAAGUGUGUGUGCUGCGGCGCGACCACCACUGCGUGUUUUUCGGCCAGUGCGUGGGUUUCCGUAACUACCGCUACUUCCUGAGCUGCCUGUUGUUUAUGUGGUCUGGGCUCCUGUACGCCACGCUGAUGAACGCCGAGGUCUUCAUUGUCAUACUGAAGGAAGGCGUGACCGUGCACAGCGUCCUGCUGCUGCUCAUACCCUGGAUCAUGCUAGUUUCAGGCCAGGUCUCAGCACGUGCCUUUGCCUUCGCCUUCAUCGCUGACACGUGCGUAGUGGGCUUCCUGUUAGUGUCCGCCUUCUUCUUCUUCCAUCUUUUCCUGCUGUUUCGGGGACAGACCACCAGGGAGUGGUACUCUACCCGCAGACCCUACAGCCUGGGACUCCUGGGCAACCUGUAUCACACGCUGGGCGCUCGCUGGUACCUCUGCUGGCUCUGCCCGCUCAUCCCAUCACCUCUCCCCGGGGACGGGAUAAACUUCCAGGUCACAGGAUCACUGGAACCCACCCGGUAACCGCUGAAAGUCAGAGUUUCAACAGCCCUUACUAUGUCUUUACUUUAGUGGUGAUGGGUAAUAUUAUCGGGGGGGGGGGCAGCAAGGAAGAUCACCUCAGUUCAAGAAGUAGCUUGGGAGGGAAGAAGCAAGAAUAGUUUGUGAUUGUUUUGGGUGUUACUGGGUAUAAUGGUUUACCAGUAUCUUCUUCUUGGCCUUUACCUGUGCUGCUAGUUGUGGGUUUACUAUUGUGAAGAUACACUGAUCCUGCCUGACCUGAAGGAUAUCUGUACACUCAGUGAGGCUAGCCUCAGAAUAUUAACACAGAAAUAUGCAGUGUUCAUUUGGAAUACUGAGCACUAAAAAUGUUUGUUUAAAGAAAUGCUGAAAAGAGAAUGUAUUUAUUGACUGUGGAAAAAUUAAAAUUUUAAAUCUUAGUUAACAAGCAAUCACAAACACUGACAAGAACUCUUUGGUGGCAUCACCUCGAAAAUGGUGGCGGCUACUUAGCUGGGCUGUCCCCAAGGUGCCUGACCUGAAAGUCAUAAAAACGUGGCUUGCACUAUUCCUAGGUUCACCCGAGGAUUAUAAAAUACACCAUCAUUAGACUCCUGUAUGCUGUUGUGUGUUAGGUGCUUAGACCAUGUUUUGCUGGUGUUUUCCACUCCGGCUCCAGAUGAAGUCCUAAAUGAGCUUUUUAUUGGAUAUUGUUUACACCAAGUGGGACAUUGAGAGGGGAUUCACAAUGAUGUCUCAAUUGUUAAAUUACAACAAUAGGACGGCAUGUGUAAGCCCUGAAGAAAACAGAAAUCGUACAUGCUGUUGCAGUUUACAGACUAAAGUAAAGUCAUUUAGUGAAUAAAGUUUUUAAAAUCUAACUGUCAGUUUCAGUAAGGGACUACUACAGGCCAAACCUCACCUGGAGUGUAACACUAUGGCAAGUACUGACUCAAGCAACGUGUCUUACAGCUUUUAAUGACAACUGGACUGUUUACCUCAUUAAACUCCUUUUUUUCCAUUUGCACUUUUGGAACCACUUUUAAUUCUCCUGGCCUUAAAAUGUAGUGACAAAAUUACUUUGUUUUUCGGAUGCUCUUGCUUGUUUUUGACAAAAGUUAUAUUAAAGCCAAAAAUAUUGUAUUGUUAAUUGUUUUACUAAAUAUAUAUGUCUCUUUAAUUUCUUUUCACUUUUUUGUAUUGUUUUGUUAGAUCACCCUGUUUGAUGUUUGAUUUUGUCAUUUGAAAGUGCUUAAAUAAAUUGUGUCAAAAUUG